AUGAUCAAAAGGCAUUUUUCAACAAAAGGAUAUAAAGCCAAAGAGUUGUUGGAAUUGGUUCACUCUGAUUUGUGUGGGCCUAUGAAUGUCCAAGCUAGAGAAACAGCAGCGUAUAUUCUUAACUUGGUAUCAUCUAUGUCAGUACCAUCUACACCCACAGAACUAUGGACUGGGCGCAAACCUAAUCUACAGCAUGUUCGGGUUUGGGGUAGUCCAGCACAUGUGCUGAAUGGAAACGCAGAUAAAUUAGAAUCGAGGACAAAAGUUUGCUUGUUUGUAGAGUACCCUAGAGGAACGAGAGGUGGACAAUUUUAUAAUCCUACGAAUAAGAAGGUCAUUGUUAGCACUAAUGCCCUGUUCUUAGAAGAGGACUAUGUGAUAGAGCACAAGCCCAGAAGUAAAAUUGUUCUAGAGGAAUUGAGAGGAGAGAGACCGACACAAACUUCUUUACCACCAAUAAUGCAGGAGGAAACGCCACAAAAAACAUUUGUAGAAGCACCUAUUGACACAUCGGUACCUCGUCGUAGUGGGAGGGUUAUUAUUCCACCCAGUUGGUAUACGUUGUUGGGAGAGUCUUUUGAAAUUAUCCCUGAUGAUCAACAUGCCGAACCCUAUAACUACAAUGAGGCACUUCAAGAUAAAGAUAUUCGUACCUUGGGUUGUUGGAUUUUGGUUGUUGAGCAUGCCUUGAAAAUCUGCUGA